UAACUAUAAAAAAACGUUUGUCAGGUUUUAGAAGGACAAGUGAGCUGAAAGUUGAACCAGACCAGUAGUUAAAACUAUAGCACUGGUUCAAAGACUUGGACGUACUUUUGAAAUGUUGUUACUUUUGGCAAUAUGUGCCAGUCUUGCGGCUUUGUCACAUCAGGCCGAAGUCUGCUAUGAUCACGUGGGGUGCUUCAACAACGCGGCGCCCUAUAUGAGCGUGCUCCCCAAGUCCCCCACAGAUAUCGCCGCCCGUUUCCUCCUGUUUACAAGAAACAACAGACAAAACCAGGACUCUUUGACUUACACCAACGCUGGUUCCAUCACCAGCUCUCAUUUCUCUGCAAGCCGGGAAACCAAGUUCAUCGUCCACGGCUUCAGCUCGUCAGGUACCACUCAGUGGAUCAUGAACCUGAAGGAUAAGCUCCUAAACAAGGGGGAUUUCAACGUAAUCGCUGUAGAUUGGGGCAAGGGUGCAUCGGCACCGUUCUACGACCAGGCAUCAUCCAACAUCCGGGUCGUUGCCACGGAGAUCAAGCUUCUGCUAGACAUUAUGCAUUCUCACGGCCUUGACCUGGGCAAGGUCCAUCUGAUAGGUCAUUCACUGGGUGCUCAUCUUUCCGGGUACGUCGGAAAUAUGCUUGGUCAAAACGUCAUUGGAAGGAUUAGUGGUCUAGACCCAGCAGAACCCAACUUUAUAAACAAGGCAGUGGCGGCCAGACUAGACGCAGACGACGCCAAGUUUGUUGACGUCAUCCACACGGACGGACGCCAUUUUGAUUAUGCCGGAGGCUACGGCCUGAUGAUUCCUUGUGGAGAUGUAGAUUUCUACCUGAACGGUGGUGAGCAUCAACCAGGCUGCUCAGGAUCAAAUCAGUCUAUCUCCUGCAGCCACGGACGUGCACAUGAGUACUUUUCAGAAUCCGUAGACUCGGCGUGUCAGUUCACAGCCCACCCCUGCGACUCUUUCGAAAAGUUUGAAAAUGGUGAAUGUUUCUCUUGUGGGUCUGGGUGUGGAGUGGCUGGGUACUCCGCCGACCAGCACCCCGCCAGAGGAAGUCUGUAUGUGGACACCCACCAUGUAGCCCCAUUCUGUGGAUUCCACUACCACGUCAAAAUUUUCCCAUAUGCCUCAUCCGCUGACACAUCCGGGUUAGUUUAUGUGUCUCUGAUUGGCACAUCAGGGAAGACAGAUUUUAUCCCGACCAAUGCCAAGUACCUUAAGCUGACCAAAACAACCACCAUCAUCACCAACGUGGUCUACAAGGACGACAUCGGCACCAUCACAGGUGUGGACGUCAGGUACGACAAAGACAACGGCUCCCUCGGCAUCAUGCUCGCGUCUGCGACAACACCAACCUUGACCAUAGCAGGGAUUGAGAUCCUGUCCUCCGUUCACAACACCUGGUCAUCUUCCUGUCGGGGUUCGUUCCAGCUCCGCGACCGAGCUCCUCUCCAUAUAUCAACAGCUGCAGGCAGAAACAACCAGCCAUGUACAGCUGUUGGCUAAGAGAUGUAGGCCCUACCCGGUGUACCAACGUUUAAUUAAAGAUCGCGAAUUUUAAUU